GCGGUGCUCUUCGGGACUUGUAGUUCCCCGCGGCAUUGUGGGAGUCGUGGUUUGUGAGUCAGCCAGGCACAGGAGCCUCCGCGGCCUGGAGCUAUGGGACCAAGGCCCCGAGAGGGAAGUCACUUUCCAGAGUAUGUAGGUUCUUCAUCCAGAGGUCAAGUCUUCUGACUCUUGGGAACAGUGAGAUCUGACCUUCCAGCUCCCUUUCUCGUAUGCCUGUCUGAGUCAGCCUGCAUUGAUCGGGAGUGAAUUCACAGCCGGUCCAACAUGAACUGGAAGGUUCUUGAACACGUGCCCCUGCUGAUGUAUAUCUUGGCAGCGAAAACAUUAAUUCUCUGCCUGGCGUUCGCUGGAGUCAAAGUGUACCAGAGGAAAAGAUUGGAAGCAAAACAGCAAAAACUGGAAGCCGGAAAGCAGCAACAGUCAGAGAAGAAAGAUAACUAAAGG